AUGUCGCAGUACCCUCUAGGUUCUGCAAACUACGCGCCGCAGUGGCCAGCGAACCCCCCACAGAGCUCGAGUGACCGAUCUAGUUCUACAUACUAUAGUAUGAACACGACUUUGGCCGCAGGUAAUUUCGCUACCAUGCCAUUCAAUCCAAAUCCACCUACACAACUACCCGGCCUUGGGAUGGCAAAUGGCCCGGCUCCACCUCCAUAUUUUCCUCAAACAUUUCCCGAUAGUCAAAUGGCCGUUCAUUUUGGGGGGCAGUUGAAUGGUGCGGGUGCUUACCCACUGGAUAACUCUCUCUCGACCCCUCCAUUUGGCUUCUCGCAACCACUCAAGGCAAUUCAGCCGCUAUCAAGCCACCCAGCCCCCCGAUCGCAUGAAAAAUCACAUCUACCAACGCAGAAUGACACAGAUCGGGAGGAAGGCGAAGUGAGCGAUUUCUCAGGCAACGACACGGCCAGCCAGCAGGCCGGGUCUUCUGUCAGGUCAAAACUAUUAUCGCGGUCCCGCGCCAACGAACCUUUUCCUCCGCACUCAACUGGACCAUUAUCGAUACCAAGAAACCACAACUAUGAGCCAAUCAGUAUAUCGUCGUCAGAUAACAGCCAGUCCCAUGAAGAAGGUUCAGAAUCUCCGUAUAAUCCCCCAAUGACUAUAACCGCCUUGCCUGAUGCGUCGGAGGAACGUACCCACACAUCAAGUGAGACCUGCCUUCAAGAUGGCCCUUCUACAAACCGCCUCAUCACGACCUCUCCUAUUGUUGGGAAAACUGUCUCUCAAAUCCGUGUCAUGGCUCAAGGGGCUUUACUCGGAUUAGCUCCCCAUAAUAUUCGAUUCAAUGAGCUUGCGAAGGAAAACAUUGAUCCAGACAUUCUCAGGCAGUUAUAUAAUGAGAUUGGGAUCAAAAUCACAAAUUCCGUCUCCGAUGUCAAGUCACUCAACAAGAGCGGCAAUGUAGCACCUGUUGUUGCGCCUAAGGAACCAACAAAAUACACCCGCGGCCAAGCAAUUACAACACCAGAGGCGCAACAAGAUUCCAUUAGAAGAAACACUCCACCGCAGAAAGAGAAGGGUUCUUCCGUCGCUAGUACUAGUAAACCGCUUGAACGGAAGGAACUUAUUGCUCGGAUGCUAGCUGCUAAAGCCAACAAGGCCCCUGCAAAUACUAGGCCGAAAUCUCCUGAAUCGAGACCUGAAUCGGCUUCAGGUAUCCAGCAGGGCACAGUUCUACCUAAGGACCCUAUAGUGCCUCCCAAGAUUUCUCAAGCGACGCAGCCCAAGGAGAAGAAUAAGGCUCAAACCGAGUUAGCAAGGCAGCGUAUAGAGCAACUCAAGAAAAUGGGACUAAAGAGACAACAAUCCCAGUCCGAAUCGGUAUCCACACCUCGAGCAUUGUCGACAGAUAGCACUCAACAAGCAGCUACUUUGUCCCAUCCCCUUCCAGAGAGGCCACCUAUUCCAGAUCAACCAACUAUUUUUACCGAGAUGCAAACUCCACAAAUACCUGGGCUUCAAAAGCACGCUUCAGCAGAAAGCCACCCAUCUCCUAUACCUCCAGGCAUUGGAAAUACAGAAAUAGACACGGCUACUCCCAGAAAAAAUACCGUCAAACGUCCUCGAGCUUCAGACUUUGAUGAAAUUAUUCCCAAAUCAAAGAAGCCCUCAGUAGCCCAAGACAGAUUGGUUAUCGACAUUAGUGAUGACGAGUCCAUGGAGGACGAGGACGACGCUCUGAUGCCCGACGUUAAUGAUGAUACACCAUCUUCUCAAAUGUCAAAUUUCCCUCGUUCCAGUGGACCAUCGUAUCAGAGAUCCUCGGCGUCAGCCACCCCUCAAAAUCGGCUUCAGGAUGCCGAAAGUCUUCGCCAAAAGCACAUUCAAAUACAAGCUAUGCGACGUCGGAUAGCCGAAUUCGAGAGAAAAAAGAUGGCUAAAAAAUCACAUCCGAUGGAAUCAACUGUCUCAACGCCAGGUUCCUUCAAAGUAACUAGUGAGCAGGACGAUGCCACUCAGUCUCAAGCUGAAGAAGAGCCAUUGGCACCGAUAGCGGCUACACUUGCCAGGUCCAAGUCUGCAACUGGUUCAAUAGAUUCAUCGGCACAAUCGGCAGCAUAUACGGAUACCUCUAAUCUAGACCGAAUACGACAAAAGCUAUUGCGAAAGCAAGAAAUUGAGAGCGGACUUCCGACGUUAGAGGAUGAGAUUCAGCGGGUUGAGACCAAACUCGCUGAGUUUCGACGGUUAGAAGAAGAGCUUUUGGCCGAGAUAUCCAAAGGUCGGGAAGGGCGAAAACAACUUGUGGAUGAGCUUCAAAGUCUCGUUUUAGAAACGCAAGAGAUAGAAGCACUACAAGAAACCCAGCACGCCCCAGCUACAGAGGUUACAUCAAAGCCGCAAGAUGAUGGCAGCUUGGAUAACACCACCAGCUCUCAAGACUCGUCGCUAAAUAGCAUGAAGAUGGAAAUAUCGCAUCCUGCUCAAUCAACCAAACACCGUACUCUGAGUGUGAAUCCAAUCUCUCUGGAAGAGGCUAGUGAUGACAAUGAUAUGGUUGAAUCUAAGAGCUCAAGCUCGGAAGCUUCAGGUUCUUCGAUGAGCGAAUCCAGUGGUGAUUCAGAUCGGGAUUCUACCGAAGUAGGGCCAGAGUUAGAGCACCAUGUCCCGCAAUCACAACCAAGCAAUGGUUUUCCUCCUGCGCAGGAAGCUCCGGUUGAUGAUUCAUCCGCUGCCGAGAGGCCAGUACUCCAAAAUUCUACCUCGGUUGCUAAGCCUUCGGAAGAGGCCAGUGGCUUGCAGGAGUUGACAAAGGUUCUGGACAAUGAUGAGCCUCUGGAAGUUGAAGACAGUGCGGAUGAAGCGUAUUCUCCCAAGCUGGACGCAGGUGGCGAUGAAGAAGAAAUGGACAUUAACUCUGUUGUUUCUGGGUCGUCUCACGGUGACGCUGACAUGAAACUAACCCCCAAGUUUCAGGAACAAGUUGUCAUUGCAUCGAAGAAUGAUGCUCUUGACAAUGCACCACAUAGGGGAAAUACGACACUGAAGUUUUCACCUUACGAAAGCCCUCUGAAAUAUUUCCGUGCCUAUCGAUAUCAUCCUAACUUCGACAAGGAGGUUGGCGAUGGCUAUCGCUCUCUCACCUACAGCCAUAAAAUCAAUCCAUCCCAAGCCAUGUGUCCAUACGAAAGUGCCGGCGGUGUGUGUAAUGACAACACGUGCGAGUUUCAGCAUUGGCGCGACAUGGUGAUGCCUGACGACAAGAUCCUUGUUGAAAUGGGCAAUCAGCGGGAAGGAGAAAGCCCAGAAGAAAAAGAGAGAUUUCUUGAAGGGCUGAAAGAGAUGAUCAAUACCAUGCAGCGCGACCAGGUGAAGGACUUCUCCACCGUUGCCAGCGAAAUCGCCGCAUACCGUAGACGUUUUCUCUCGGACCCAUCACGAAUUCUGCCCUUGUAA